CGCGCCGGGCAGUUCGCGCGGGAGCCGGGCGCAGCGGCGCCGAGGCUGCAGGUCGGUGGGAACGGAAGCGCCUCCGGGGCUGAGGGGAAGCCAGGAUGGCGACUUCGAGUAGGAAGACGUCGACCCCAAGCACCUUGCCCUCCAAGAGAGCUCUUCCGAGAGAUCCCUCGUCGGAGGUCCCGAGCAAGAGAAAGAGCUCGGCCCCGCCGGCGCCACUGCCGCUGCAAUCGUCCAGGCCUUUCGUGGAAGGCUCUAUCGUCCGCAUCGUGAUGGAGAACUUCUUAACGUAUGAUAUCUGUGAAGUCGCUCCUGGACCCCAUCUGAAUAUGAUUAUUGGAGCUAACGGAACAGGAAAGUCUAGCAUCGUAUGUGCCAUUUGUCUUGGAUUAGCAGGCAAACCUGCUUUCAUGGGACGGGCAGAUAAGGUUGGUUUUUUUGUGAAGAGAGGAUGUUCCAAAGGAAUGGUUGAAAUUGAAUUGUUCAGAACUUCAGGAAAUCUUGUAAUUACCCGUGAGAUUGACGUGGCAAAAAAUCAGUCAUCUUGGUUCAUCAACAAAAAAUCUACAACCCAGAAAGUAGUAGAAGAGCAAGUUGCAGCCUUAAACAUUCAAGUGGGCAAUCUUUGCCAAUUUCUACCUCAGGAUAAAGUUGGAGAAUUUGCCAAACUGAGUAAAAUUGAACUCCUUGAAGCUACUGAGAAGUCUAUUGGUCCUCCAGAAAUGCACAGAUACCAUUGUGAACUCAAAAACUUCAGGGAGAAAGAAAAACAACUAGAGACCUCGUGCAAAGAGAAAACUGAAUAUCUAGAGAAAAUGAUUCAGAGGAAUGAAAGAUAUAAACAAGAUGUGGAGAGGUUCUAUGAACGUAAGCGACAUUUAGAUUUGAUUGAGAUGCUUGAAGCUAAAAGGCCGUGGGUGGAGUAUGAAAAUGUUCGUCAGGAGUAUGAAGAAGUAAAACUAGCUCGAGACCGAGUGAAGGAAGAGGUGAGGAAACUUAAAGAAGGGCAGAUCCCUAUGACCCGUCGAAUUGAAGAGAUUGAGAGGCAGCGUCGCGUGUUGGAGGCUCGAAUCAAAGAGAAGGCAACAGAUAUUAAGGAGACCUCUCAAAAAUGCAAACAAAAGCAAGAUAUUAUAGAAAGGAAAGAUAAGCAGAUUGAGGAACUGCAGCAGGCAUUAACGGUAAAACAGAAUGAAGAACACGACCGCCAGAGGAGGAUAAGUAACACUCGGAAGAUGAUAGAGGAUUUGCAGAAUGAACUGAAGACUGCAGAAAACUGUGAGAAUCUUCAGCCGCACAUUGAUGCCAUUACAAAUGAUCUGAGAAGAGUUCAAGAUGAAAAGGCAUUAUGUGAAGGCGAGGUAAUUGAUAAGCGAGGAGAGAAGGAGAGCCUAGAGAAGGAGAGAAAGAGUGUGGGUGAUAAUAUUGUACGAUUUGACAAUCUUAUGAAUCAGAAGGAAGAUAAGCUGAGGCAAAGAUACCGUGACACAUAUGAUGCUGUUUUAUGGCUAAGAAAUAACCGGGACAAAUUUAAGCAAAGAGUCUAUGAGCCUAUAAUGCUCACGAUCAAUAUGAAAGAUAAUAAAAAUGCCAAGUACAUUGAAAAUCAUAUUUCAUCAAAUGACUUGAGAGCUUUUGUAUUUGAGAGUCAAGAAGAUAUGGAGGUUUUCCUCAAAGAGAUUCGUGACAAUAAAAAAUUAAGAGUAAAUGCUGUUAUUGCUCCCAAGAGCUCAUAUGCAGACAAAGCACCUUCAAGAUCUCUGAAUGAGCUAAAACAGUAUGGAUUUUUCUCUUACUUGCGAGAAUUAUUUGAUGCCCCUGAUCCCGUCAUGAGCUUCCUUUGCUGCCAUUAUCAUAUUCAUGAGGUUCCUGUAGGAACUGAAAGGACCAGAGAAAGAAUUGAACGGGUAAUACAAGAAACCCGGUUAAAACAAAUCUAUACAGCAGAAGAGAAGUAUGUGGUGAAAACUUCCAUUUAUUCAAAUAAAGUCAUUUCCAGUAACACAUCCCUAAAAGUAGCCCAGUUUCUCACAGUCACUGUGGAUCUUGAGCAAAGACGACACUUAGAAGAACAGCUAAAGGAAAUUAAUAGAAAAUUACAAGCAGUGGAAGCAGGGUUGAUUGCCCUCUAUGAGAGAAACAAACAUCUAGAACACAAAGACAAUGAACUUAGACAAAAGAAGAAGGAGCUUCUUGAAAGGAAAACCAAGAAAAGACAACUGGAACAAAAAAUUAGUUCCAAACUGGGAAGUUUAAAGCUGAUGGAACAGGAUGUUUGCAACCUUGAGGAGGAAGAGCGAAAAGCAAGUACCAAAAUCAGAGAAAUAAAUGUUCAAAAAGCAAAACUUGUUACUGAAUUAACAAACUUUGUAAAGAUUUGUACUUCUUUGCAUAUGCAAAAAGUUGAUUUAAUUCUUCAAAAUACUACAGUGAUCUCUGAGAAGAACAAACUAGAAUCUGAUUACAUGGCUGCUUCUUCACAACUCCGUCUCACAGAGCAACAUUUCAUCGAGCUGGAUGAGAGUCGGCAGAGGCUGCUGCAGAAAUGCAAGGAGCUGAUGAAGAGAGCGAGGCAAGUAUGCAACCUGGGUGCGGAGCAGACGGUUCCUCAAGAAUACCAGACACAAGUACCCACCAUUCCAAAUGGACACAACUCCUCACCCCCCAUGGCUUUCCAGGAUCUUCCAAACACAUUGGAUGAAAUUGAUGCUUUGUUAACUGAAGAAAGAUCAAGAGCCUCUUGUUUCACGGGACUGAAUCCUACAGUCGUUCAAGAAUACACAAAAAGAGAAGAAGAAAUAGAGCAAUUAACUGAGGAACUAAAGAUAAAGAAAGUUGAACUGGAGAAAUACAGGGAAAGCAUUUCACAGGUAAAAGAAAGGUGGCUUAAUCCUUUAAAGGAGCUCGUAGAAAAAAUUAAUGAAAAAUUCAGCAAUUUUUUCAGUUCCAUGCAGUGUGCUGGUGAAGUUGAUCUACAUACAGAAAACGAGGAGGACUACGAUAAAUACGGAAUUCGAAUCCGGGUCAAGUUCCGCAGCAGCACACAGCUGCACGAGCUGACGCCGCACCACCAGAGCGGCGGCGAGAGGAGCGUCUCCACCAUGUUGUACCUGAUGGCACUGCAGGAGCUGAAUCGGUGCCCGUUCAGGGUCGUCGAUGAAAUCAAUCAGGGAAUGGACCCGAUCAAUGAGCGGAGGGUGUUUGAAAUGGUUGUAAAUACUGCUUGUAAAGAAAAUACAUCUCAGUACUUCUUUAUUACACCAAAGCUCCUGCAAAAUCUUCCUUACUCUGACAAGAUGACCGUAUUGUUUGUCUACAACGGCCCUCAUAUGCUGGAACCUAACAGAUGGAAUUUAAAGGCUUUCCAAAGGCGGCGGCGCAGGAUCACAUUCACCCAACCUUCUCAAUAAAAGUGAAGGGCAAGAACUUGGGAGUUUUUUUGGUUAAAUCCUGUUUAUAAGUAUGGCUCACCUGAAUAAAAGGAGAUUCAUUAAGACUAA